AUGGAAAAUUGGGGAAGACAGAAUAUAUAUUCAGCUUAUGAAGAAAGGAAUAAUCAAACAUAUGUUACAGAAUUCAACCUCCUAGGAUUUGGAAAUCUCUCUGAACUGCAAAUUCUUCUUUUCCUUCUGUUUCUAGUGAUCUACAUUGUGACUAUAGGUGGGAACAUCCUCAUUAUGGUUCUAGUGGUGGUUGAUCGGCACCUACACACACCCAUGUACUUCUUCCUGGGGAACUUGUCCUGCUUGGAGACCUGCUAUAGCUCCACCAUCCUGCCCAGGAUGCUGGUCAGUCUCCUGACCGCAGUGAUUAAACUCUCCUGCAGUGACACCAGCCUGAUCACACUCGUGACCUUUAUAUUAUCUUCUGUAGACACCCUGCCCCCAUUUCUAUUAACCCUGACAUCCUAUGCUUUUAUCAUCUCCACCAUCCUGAGAAUCCCAUCCACCACCCGAAGAAGAAAGGCAUUUUCCACCUGUUCCUCUCACCUUAUUGUGGUUACAAUUUUCUAUGGGACCCUGAUGAUUGUGUAUAUGUUACCAGACACUGAGACACUGAGAGAACUCAACAAAGUGUUCUCUCUCUUCUACACAGUCUUGACUCCCAUGGUCAAUCCUCUCAUCUACAGCCUGAGAAACAAAGAGGUCCAAUGUGCCCUAAGAAAAUUAAUUGCGCACAGAAAUUGA